AUUGUUGCGGUUCAGAAUCACACAGCUGCGCUAACACUCAUAGAGCGAAUAAAGGUAACAUCCGUUUGCACCCAAGUAGGCGCGAUUUAUCGCGACCGACCACAAAGCGCGGGUCGGGACUACUUCGCUCGUCGUUCUGAGAUGGCCCAAAUCGGCGAACGAAUGAGGAUGCAGUUAAACUACUUGAAAGGUGCGAGACUGUCUGAAACUAGCACUGUUAAGAUGCUCUCUGUUCUGAAGGCACUAGCACAAUGUCAUGUCGUCCUGGGACUGAUCAUGCUGAUCUUGUCAACGUUAGCUGACUAUGUAAGCAGCCGCAUCAACACAAUCCGAAUGUAUGGACUGGAAGAAUGCUGCUCCUUCUACUUCAUUGUCACCGGGUUGGUGGGCUUGUGUGGUGCAGCGUCGUAUAGAAGAGGGCUAGUGAUCACAUUUCUCGUAAUGGCAAUCCACGCUAUCAUCAUAUUUGUACCGGCAAUAAUCAUUGUGUCUAGUUUUGACAUUCACUUUUACCAGCAUGAAUGUUGGGGUGAAUGUGAUUGGCACCUAUUGGCGACUUCCUUACCUCGAAAUAGUCGGUGUCAGAUAAUGUGUGGUGAUCACGUGGACGACAACAUGAGGGUUUCUAUGACGCGGUUGGGUACCGACUAUCGUCUUGACGCUGGACUCAUCGCUGCGGCUAUCCUGGAAUUGCUCUUAGCACUGGCAACAACAAUCAUCUCGUCAAGAACUAUCUGCAGCACAGUUCGGGGUCCAUCUGUGGAGAUGGUGCCUCUAAAUGGAGAGGCUGCGUCGACGCGGAAUGCCUAGAAACUUUCUAGCGACGUUCAUCUGGAUGAACAUGUUAAUAAGUUUUGCAUUAUCAUGCAGGGUCUUCUACACGCACAAGCGUUUAUUACAUCUCAGUAUUCGUCAAGUGCACAAACCUCCACAACAAGAAUGACCUUGUACGUUUGACUUUGUCGUCAAUCCCACUGUGCAGUUGAAGAGGUUCUCUCUUGCUGUGUGACCAAUAUUCAUAGCAUAAUAUAUAUUUCUGAUGUCUUUCGUUUUGUUCUGUAUACUGUUUUUGUCUUUUUUGUUUGUUCAAUUUGACUUAAGAGGUGCUGCAUGCCUUUUGAGAAUUGUCCCGUUUACAAUAGUUCAGUCAGAUAGCUGCGGGAUGGAAAAGAUCGUCACUUUGCGUUGUUCGUUAAUUUAUUGUGAUUUUUCUCUAAUUGAAUGUGUUGGUUUAUCGUGCAACAGUGGAAUCUGUAUAUUCGGCAUGCGAUUUUGUACAGGUAUGGCGAAUAAAUGCCGCGAACCAGAUCUUUUUUCUCAAUAUCGAGAUUAGUGCUGUUCGGUAAUCUUGCGUGUUGCAAUAAAUUUCACUUCGUCAUCUGAGUAAACUGUAC